AUGGACGGGAUAGUCGAAGAAUAUGGUGUCCCACUAAAACAACCAGAUGACUGCGAUAAUGUCAAAUGGGCUGCCGAAGUCAGAGAGGAAAUUUCAAGGAAUGGAAUCGUUAAACCGACGGGAUAUAAUGUUUCGUUCCAUAUAAACCCAAAUGUCGAGAAACAUCAUUUUGGCAGAAGUCAUCCAAUGAAACCAUGGCGUCUGACUCUAGCAAAAAGUUUGAUCAUGUCAUACGGCAUGCAUGCUGCCAUGGACACCUACUCUUCGCGGAAAGCAACCCAAGAGGAAUUGGAGGAUUUUCAUACUCAUGAUUAUCUCGAAUAUCUAAAGACUGCCAAGGUCGGUUUGCCGGACGGCCUGGAUGACAAACCAUACAAUCUUGGUAGUUAUGAUUGUCCUGUUUUUGAUGGGCUUUUUAAUUACUGUUCGAUGUAUUCAGGUGCAUCGAUUGAUGCUGCCCGCAAACUUUGCAGCGGGGAGUCAGAUAUUGCCAUCAAUUGGUCUGGAGGUUUACAUCACGCCAAGAAGAGCGGAGCUUCUGGAUUUUGUUAUGUGAACGACAUUGUUCUUGCAAUACUCCAACUUUUGAGAAAGCACCCGAGAGUUUUAUACAUCGAUAUAGAUGUCCACCACGGCGAUGGGGUAGAAGAAGCCUUUUGGUCAACGAGUCGAGUUAUGACUGUUUCAUUCCACAAAUACGACCCCAUAAAUUUCUUCCCUGGAUCGGGCAGUUUAGAUGACACCGGCCCCCCAGACGAAAGCAAUGAGGGUGCCCAUCACGCGAUUAACGUCCCUUUGCUCGACGGCAUCGAUGACGAGCAAUAUUUAAGUGUAUUCAAACAAGUCAUCUCGAAAUGUGUCGAAAAGUUUCGUCCUAGUUCCAUAGUCCUUCAAUGUGGAGCCGAUUCACUUGCAGGUGAUCGCAUCGGUACAUUCAAUGUACUGAUCGAAGGCCACGGAGCUUGUGUUGAGUAUGUCAAGAGUUUGAAUAUACCUCUUAUGCUUGUCGGAGGAGGCGGUUACACACCUCGGCAUGUUGCACGUGCUUGGACAAACGAAACUAGCAUUGCGAUUGGUGCAAAGCUACAUCAGGAUAUCCCUUUGCACACACCUUAUCUCAGUCAUUUCCGAGACCAACCCCUAUAUCCAGACUUAACUGAAUUAUUAAGUGCCAAGGGUCAAAAUGGAGCCAGACGGAAUCACAAUACAGAUAAAAGGAUAAUUGAGAUCGUGUCGAGCAUUCACGAACAGCUGCGCUUUGUAGAACAAGCACCGAGUGUACAAUUUCAACAAAUCCCACCCGAUUUGACAGCAUGGAAGCAAGACGUCGAGGACGAAAUCCGUGAGAGGGCGGAGCAAGAAGAAUCUUAUAGAUUACAGAGGGAAGAUGGUCUGGGGGUACCAGGAGAGUAUGCUUAG